AUGAAAAAAUUUUAGUUUUUCGACAAAAAUAUCAGACAACAAAGACCAGAGUUGAAUUUCUGCACCUUCAAUUAUGUCUUUGCUGAGUAUUUUCAUUCGAUAUACACUUAGAUACAUUUGCUAUUUGAAGAGGAAGCAUGGGAAUGAUUACAAUGAAAUGAAUUCAAAGAUGGAACAAUUGGGAGUGUCAGUUGGAAUCAGACUCUAUGAGGUAGUCAGUUUGAGAGAAAGAAAUAAGAGGGAAACUAAAUUAGUUGAACAAUUGAGAUUCAUAUAAGGGAUUGUACAUUACAUCUGCAUUCGUAGUUUUGGAAGCAUCUCUUUGGGAGACAAGCAGAGUCCAUUGAAAAAUUAAAGGACAGACCCAAUGAUUAUCUAAUCCGAGAUGAAAAUCCCCUACUUCUUAAGUACAUCUCGGAAGAAGGGCACAUUUCACCUGCAUAAUUUAUGUGUGGAAUUUUGAAAGUAUGAAAUAAUUAAAAUUUGGUAAGGGAGUCUUGAAUGCUUCUGGCUUUACAUGCCAAGUCUCUUAUUAAUUUAAGACUGAUGAAAGAGGUGUCAGCUAUUAUCCUCACACUGUAUUUAUCUUGAGUUUCGAAGAUGCCAGGGAUUUAUGAAUUUAAUAUAUUGAAUGAUAC